CUCAAAGUGACAGUAGCGAUGGCUGGGAACGGGAGACAGCUGCGCUUGGUGAGACCUCGUCUCCACCCUCGAUUUGCCAUGAAAAACUAGGCUUUCUACGAGAGUUUGACCUCGGGUCUAUGUGUGAAGAACUUUUGUGAAUGAAUAAGUUGGCCGGCCACUUUCAAAAGAGUUUGGUAAGCUGGCAGUGCUGCCAGGAUUUGGGAACGGGGGGGAGCGGGGAGGGCUCCUGCUACCUUUGGGAAGUCUGUAUGCUUUCAACGCACUCAAACUGUGGCACCAGUGGCCGCUGGAUAUUGCUUUCUUUAGAUAAGUUUGCCUAGUUCAGUCAAGGGUCAUAGACUUGAUUUAGAACCUUAGUCGAUGGAUUUGCCGCCCUCAAUACAACAUCAUUUUAACUGUACUUUCUCUCUAGGCUAGAAAUCGUGAAGCAUGGGUGACUGGAGCAUUCUUGGACGGCUCUUGGAGAAUGCACAGGAACACUCAACCGUGAUCGGCAAAGUCUGGCUGACAGUACUCUUCAUUUUUAGGAUUCUGGUGUUGGGAGCGGCAGCCGAGGAGGUCUGGGGCGACGAGCAGUCGGACUUCACCUGCAAUACGCAGCAACCCGGUUGUGAGAAUGUCUGCUACGACGAGGCCUUCCCCAUAUCCCACAUCCGCUUCUGGGUGCUCCAAAUCAUCUUUGUGUCCACACCGACGCUCAUCUACCUGGGCCAUGUCCUGCACAUCGUUCGUAUGGAAGAGAAGCGGAAAGAGCGUGAGGAGGAGCUGCGAAAGGCCAGUCGGCUCCAGGAUGAGAAAGAACUCCUGCAUAGAAAUGGAGGGGGAGGGGAGUCUGGUGGACGGGGUGGGGGUGGCGGUGGCAAAAAGGAGAAGCCGCCAAUCAGAGACGAGCAUGGCAAAAUCCGCAUUAGAGGUGCCUUAUUGGGCACUUACGUGUUCAACAUAAUUUUCAAGACCCUGUUUGAAGUGGGGUUCAUUUUAGGUCAGUAUUUCCUCUAUGGUUUCCAGUUGCGGCCGCUGUAUAAGUGUGCGCGGUGGCCAUGCCCCAAUACGGUGGACUGCUUCAUUUCCCGGCCCACGGAAAAGACCAUCUUCAUCAUAUUUAUGCUUGUGGUGGCUUGCGUGUCCCUUUUGCUGAAUUUGUUAGAAAUCUAUCACCUCGGAUGGAAGAAGGUCAAACAGGGCAUGACCAACGAGUUUGCCCCCGACCGCGAGUCGCUGCCCGACGCAGAUGAAACGGAGCCUGGGUCUACUAGAACUGUGCCUGCCACCCUCAGCUACCCGCCAGACUAUACGGAGAUGGCAGUGGGUGGCGGAGCGUUCCUCCAGCCAGUGUCGGUGCCCUCUACGGCCGAGUUCAAGAUGGACUCUCUGCGCGAGGAUUCCUCGCCGUUCUACAUCAGCAACAACAACAACAGGCUGGCUGCCGAGCAGAACUGGGCCAACCUGGCCACCGAGCAACAGACUCGGGAGAUGAACGCUGCCUCCUCCUCCCACUCCUCCGAUAAUAGGUGGCAAGCCAAAGACACCGCUCAGCACGCCGGCACCCCCACCUCCCCUGGCGUUGGUUUGAGCGCUGGGUCGGAGGAGGGGCACGUCACCACCACGGUGGAGAUGCACGAGCCGCCCGUUAUUUUCACUGAUGCUCGACGACUGAGCAGGGCUAGUAAAGCCAGCAGCACGAGAGCAAGGCCCAAUGAUUUGGCGGUGUAGUGGCUCUCCACUGCAAAGCGUAGGUUUUUGUGGACAAAACACAAUACACCAAAAAACAAGAGGAAGUGAGAGGCAUAUUGCUGGAAUGAAAAAAUGUAUUCCAUUCAUUAUUAAUUUCAUUUUGCAACGUAAAAUUGCAAAGAGUUUAGUCAUUUCUUAUGGGCUAAUGAAAGAUGGCUUCUCAAUGCUGGUUAGUGUUAUGCAGUAGUUGAAUGAAGCAGGACACCUGUUAACACCAGAAUCUCAAUGAUUCACUGGAAAAAAUUUCACUUCAUUUAGUUUUAUGACAAGGCCUUAAUGCCAAAAUUUCCAUUCAGUCAGUUCAAUUUAUUAAGUAUAUUGAUUCAAAGUCACCAAAUAAAAAAUGUUUGCAGUACAAUAAUACAGAUUACAAAUAAGCAAAAAAUACAUGUAAUACACAACAUAAAUACACUCUGUGAUUUAAUUGAGUAGAUAAUGACACUCUCGUGUAUGAUUUUAUUUUUAUUUUUGAAGACUUGAAUAGCAUAUGAGAGAAAUGGGAAAAAAAGAAAGUAGUUGAAGUAACUAUUCAGUUACUUGUCAAAUUGACUACACUAGUCAAAUUCAUGAACAUCCAUCUUGAAACAUUUUUUAAAAUGUUCUCUUUGUUGUUCCAGCAUCUGUCUCUACAUUUCCUCACUCUAAAGAGAAAUCAGAAGGUUGAGGAAGAAAAAAGUAAAAAGCACAUUGCCUGAUAAAAGUGGCAAACUUUAAUGCAUCACAAAGAGAAGGUCAUCCAUAAACUGAAACAUGAACAUAUUACUGAGACAAGUGAAAUAUUUAGAUAAAUGUUGUACUACUGAAUGGUGCAGAGUUUUAAUUCUCAUGUGACAUUUGGAUUCCUUAUUGGUUUUUAAUUCAAAAAGUUUGAGCAUUUUCUAAAAAUGUAAGCAAAUGGUUGAGAAUGAGUAAAAAAAACAUUGCUUUUCUGUAGUCAGUUCGUGGUUGCCAAAAAGUUACUUCAAAAUGGACAUAAAAAGAUGCUGCAAGUGUCUUAUGCUGAUAUGAGUUUACCCCCCACCACCACAACAACAUGACAGCACAACAUGAUUUUUUUUCUUUUAGAAAACUGUUCUUGAGACCCAUUGAAACACAAUGUAUGUUGCUUUUAUUAUCAGGUAUAAAUUUCAGCAAUCCAUUUAACAGUCAGCCCUGAAAUAGAAAUGGUACAUUGCUUCAUCACGUAGAGUUUGUGCUUAGGACACUAUUACCAUUGCUUUUAUCAGAUCACAGUAUUUACAGAUGUAUGUUAUUUAUUUUCUGCUGUUUUAAUGUAUCCAUAAAUGAAAGUGUGUUAUUUUGUCAUUUUUCGGUUCUUAAAGUUUACAUUUUAGUAAAAAGUUGAAGAUUUGCACAUUUAGGCAAAAGACACUGUUCAAUAAUUCUUACAUUGAUAGAAAGGCGGAAAUAUUUUUGUCCUUAAAGGAAAAUGUCUUAAUGGUAAAAGUCGUUGUGUUGAUGGCAGUAUUAUUCCACUUAACAUCAAAUGUAAUUUAUAAAACAGCACUUGUAGAGUAAAAGACAUAUACACGUUUCCCAUGUUUUAUUUUAGGACUGUUGUGGUGGCCUGAAAGGACAGCAGAAAAUUUGAACAUUGUGCAUUAUAGCAUUUCAUCCAUUCUGAAUUUGAAUUGGCCAGCCAGCCAGCUCUUUCCUAUCUCGAUCCGUUUGUAGUGUACUUAGGUGCAGCCCAUUAUUCUCAGAUAACACUCAUUUCUUGAACUGAUUUUCUCGAGCAGAGCUGAUUAUUCUGACCAAUCAGGGAAACAAACCACCUACAUAUGCUCAGAACAGCAGCCUGUUUCAAUGCUGUCUUAAGAGAAGUGCCUUGUGUAUUCAAUUUUAUAAGAACAAGUUGAUGUAAAUGUUCAUUUACCUCAAAUGUUUACAA